AAUUUGUCCUUUGAUUUUCCAUUUUAUGGACAUUUUCUACGUGAAAUUACUGUGGCAACUGGGGGUUUCAUAUAUACUGGAGAAGUUGUGCAUCGAAUGCUAACAGCUACUCAAUAUAUUGCACCCUUAAUGGCAAAUUUUGACCCCAGUGUGUCAAGAAAUUCAACAGUCAGAUACUUUGAUAAUGGCACAGCACUAGUUGUCCAGUGGGACCAUGUACAUCUGCAGGAUAAUUACAACCUGGGGAGUUUCACUUUUCAGGCCACACUUCUCAGUGAUGGGCGUAUCAUUUUCGGCUACAAAGAAAUUCCUGUCGCUGUGACACAGAUAAGUUCAACCAACCACCCGGUGAAAGUGGGACUUUCAGAUGCAUUUGUGGUCGUGCACAGGAUCCAGCAAAUUCCCAAUGUCCGCAGAAGAACAAUUUAUGAAUACCACAGGGUGGAGCUACAGAUGUCAAAGAUUACCAAUCUCUCAGCUGUUGAAAUGAUACCUCUUCCAACUUGUCUCCAGUUUACCAGCUGUGGUCCCUGUGUCACUGCCCAGAUUGGUUUCAACUGCAGCUGGUGCAGCAAACUCCAAAGAUGCUCCAGUGGAUUUGAUCGUCACCGGCAAGACUGGGUAGACAGUGGCUGCCCUGAAGAGUCAAAGGAUAAGAUUUGUGAGAAGAAUAUAGACACAACUGAAACACCUCUGUACUCCACCACCACCCUUCUGCCAACCACCACAAGGUUCAGAGUUUUAACAACCACCAGAGGAUCCACCACUUCCCACCUUCCAACCAGCCUGCCCACAGAAGAUGACACCAAGAUAGCACUGCACCUAAAAGAUAAUGGAGCUUCAACAGAUGACAGUGCAGCAGAGAAGAAAGGCGGGACACUUCAUGCAGGAUUAAUUGUUGGCAUCCUCGUCCUGGUCCUCGUCGUGGCUGCAGCCAUCCUUGUGACUGUCUACAUGUACCAUCACCCAACGUCAGCAGCUAGUCUCUUCUUCAUAGAGCGGCGUCCAAGCAGAUGGCCAGCAAUGAAAUUCAGAAGAGGAUCUGGACAUCCUGCCUAUGCUGAGGUGGAACCAGUGGGAGAAAAAGAAGGGUUCAUCGUAUCAGAGCAGUGCUAAAAUUUCUGGGACAGAACACCAGUACUGGCCUACAGGUGUAAGACAUUUAUUUUGCCUCUCUUUAAAGAAAAGGAGCCCUAAGCUGCUGUAGCCUGAUAGAAAGAAGAUUCUGGAUAAACUUUGUCCAAGAAGAAAAACUAUCUAAGAUACCAGAUUACUACUGCACAGUAGUUUUUGUUAGUGGACUGAGACACAAUGGUUCAUGCAGAACACUUGUCAGUGGACACCUACAGUAUCAGAACUAUGGCACACGUGCCAUGUUAUUUGCUUUAGGUGUGGGGAUGCACAGUAAUCAGAAGUAUAAUAAAGCUUUGGUGCACAAGGGCA